UCCACACCUCCUCUACCGCUCUCUCAUUAGAGCUUAACACUCUCUCCUAUAUCACAGCUUCCUUCUCUCCCCCCCCCCCCCCCCCCCCCCUCUCUCUUCCUCCAUCUAAAGGUGUCUAUUCCUUCACCUCUAGAGAGAUGUCUGGAGUGUGGGUCUUCAGGAACGGCGUGGUUCAUCUGGUCGAAAAUCCGGCAACGGAACCAUUGGACGGCGGCGGUAGCCGGCAGGCAUUGAACAGUCGUCGCAAAGUUUUAGUUCACACACCCAGUAACGAAGUUAUAACUUCCUAUGCUGUACUUGAGAGGAAGCUGUUGGGGUUAGGGUGGGAAAGGUAUUACAAUGACCCAGACUUGCUUCAGUUCCACAAGAGAGACACAGUUCAUCUCAUCUCUCUCCCUAUAGACUUUAGCAGGUUCAGGUCCUUGCACAUGUAUGACAUAGUUGUUAAGAACCGUAAUUGUUUUGAAGUUAGGGAUAUGUAGCUCUCCUCUUCCCCAGCCCCCUUCUCUGCUAUUUCUCUUUCUUUAUGUGUCUCUCUAAGAAGGUGGAAGUGAAGUUGAGGACUUAAUUUAGGGUUGUUUUCGGACUGGAUUAAUGUGUUGUUGUGUGCUUUUAUUAUGUAAAUUAUUGUUGUAUCCAGCUUCAUUAAUGAAAUAUGGGUUUAUUGUGUGUUUA